UGAAGUUAAGUCCAACAUGUGCCCCGAGGAAUUAAGUCCAGGAGUGCAGAUGCUGAGUCUGACUUGUGUAUUCUGACUUAUUCUGGGUGAAGGAAGUGGUGUCCCUCUACUACUCAGUCACUGGAACAAUCCAUAAGGAUUACUGUUGGUUUUCUGUAAAUCCAAUUGUCCUUAAAAGUGCUGCUGUGAGUUUGGUAGUGCCUGCCAGCUCUGGGGAAUGUGCAGAAGCAGAAUAGAGGCCCUUCCCUCUCUUUCUAGCUUUUCCAGUUUGUAUAGGCAGUGAAAUAGAUGGCUGGGCAAGCAAGAUGCAAUACCUUUUUUUCUGUACAUUGCUGUCACAGGGCAGUCCUUUGUUACAGGACCCAUGGAUGAAAGUAAGUAGGAUGAGCAAAGCAGCAGUGACACUAAGGGUAGCCUGUGUCCUGCAAAACCGUGCAUCAAGUACCAUGCAAAAAUAAAGGGGCUGGAUUUCAGAGUACCAUCUUUGUACUCUCCCUUCUGAUAGAAAAUAUGUCUGUCCCUUACCUGCAAGUGUAUUGUGGGAAGGAAAUAAAGCACCGUUCCCAUAUCUGACGUAAGACUCACACGGAUAAGUAAUUUCAUGCAAGUAUGUUGUAGCCCCAUUGACUAACCUUUUGCAAAAUCACCCUGAUGUUGCUGAUGUCCACCUGCCAAAGUUGUAUUCUCUGAUGGUAGUGGGUCUGAUAUUGCAUAUACUGCACAUUUUGUACCUUCUUCAUAUAGAAUUUGAUGUCUGCACUGUAGAUGUGUUUUCUCACAGCAGCAUUUUUGUUUUGCCAGUAAGGCAGGAAAUGGUUCAGUUUCUCCAGUGAGAAGUAUGGCAAAUGAAGCUGUUGUCUCUAAAGCAGCAUCUAGAGUAGAUCUUCUACAGCAUAAACACUGAGAAGAUGGUGAAAGUGCUCCGUGUCUCAUACUGCUAAUUUCAGGCGGUGGAAGAAUAAGAAACGAUAUGAAACCUCCACAAAGUGUCUGUUUUUUCAAGAACCUGCUUUCUGGUUUCUACUGUUACGGUCAGCUUCACAAUUCCCCUCUUCCUUCUGUUGCAAAGAAGAUGAGUUGUGUGAUGAGGCUGCACAGCCGUGGAUUUUGGAGGCCAGACUCUUUGCUGGACACGGCUGGAUUCACUCUGUCAUCUCACAGUCAGCUUAGGAAGAAGCAUCAGGACUCUCGAGCAUUGUGGAAGCAUGAGGCUGUGCAGAAGUAUCUGGACACUCUGAGCAAGGAAUACCAGCAGGUUAAUAGUCUGCUAAAUGCUGAUUCAAAAAAUGAAUUUGAGCAAAGGACCCUGAGGAGAAGACGUGCAGAUCUGUCCCCAGUUGCAACUGCAUUUCAAGAAAUCAAAGAGGCUGAAGGCGAGCUCCGGGAAUUAGAAACCAUGUGUAGAGAGCUGGGUAGCAGAGAAGAGAAGCAACUGCUAGAGCUUGCCUUAGAAGAGAAGGAAACCCUCGAUAAAAAAAUCAACACGCUGUGCAGAAAGCUUUUCCAGCUUCUAGUGCCAAAGGAGAAGUAUGAUAAAAGUCACGUUAUAUUAGAAGUGACAGCUGGCAGAACAACUGGAGGUGACAUCUGCCAACAGUUCACUAAAGAAAUGUUUGAGAUGUACCAGAACUAUGCGGGCUAUAAAUGCUGGACCUUUGACAUUCUGAACUACGUGCCAGCUGAGAUAGGUGGGUUGCAUCACGCGGCUGCUCACAUUUCAGGAGAUGAUGUCUACAGGCAUCUGAAAUAUGAAGGAGGGACUCACAGAGUCCAGCGAAUCCCCGAGACCGGGCUGUCAUCGAGAAUGCAGCGCAUUCAUACGGGGACAAUGUCAGUUAUUGUGCUCCCUCAGCCAGAGGAGGUUGAUGUUAAAGUGGAUCCCAAAGAUCUGCGUAUAGACACAUUCCGGGCCAAAGGAGCAGGAGGGCAACACGUCAACAAAACUGACAGUGCUGUGAGGGUUGUACAUCUUCCCACAGGGGUGGUGGUUGAGUGCCAGCAGGAGAGAUCGCAGCAGAAGAACAAGGAAAUAGCUCUGAGGAUGCUGAGAGCUAAGCUGUACCAGCAGAUCAUUGAAAAACAACUGAGUCAAGAGCAGAGCGCCAGGAAACUGCAGUUGGGAACAAGAGCCCAGUCAGAGAGAAUUCGUACUUACAACUUCACCCAGGACAGAGUCACUGACCACAGGAUCUCGUAUGAUGCACGCAAUAUCAAGGAAAUUCUGAGUGGGAAAGAGGAACUGGAUAAGCUAAUAAACAGGCUGCUGGAGUUUGCGGAGAUGGAGGCUCUCACAGAGUAUCUAGAAAACCUUCAGUCCAUGGGAGGAGAAGGAUGCUGAAGAUCUUGUGUGGAGCUAAAGCAGAACUGGGUUUGUAACUAAAUAAAAUGGGCACACUUAUUGGAUGACAGAUUGAUUAAAAUCUAUGCCUCUGUUUUUCAA